CUCGUCUUCGGUUCGCACGUCUCCCAUUCUGGCUAAGAAACUACCACUUCAUUAUGCCUUUCGCCCGAGUUGGAGACGAAAGCGCCUCUUUUGCACGUCCUUCUUUAUCUUGGAGCUCAGCGUACAUCUUGAUAAUAUCACGCAUGAUCGGGUCUGGUAUUUUUGCGGUUCCUGGCAUCGUUAUCCAAUCCACCGGCAGCAUCGGGACGGCUUUCAUGGCUUGGAUUUGUGGUGCCGCCAUCGCCACAAUCGCAGUCGUUCCAUACCUCGAAUACAGCUGCAUGCUGCCGCGCAAUGGGGGCGAUGCGGUUUACCUUGAGUUCACUUAUCACAAACCUCGCUAUCUCGUUUCGACCAUCAUCGCCUGUAAGGCAUUGUUCCAAGCCCUUACUGCGAAUAACUGCAUUAUAUUUGGCAAGUACGUAGCAUACGGCGCAGGUGUUGAUCCAUCGUCAUGGCAAUCUCCUUUUUUUGCGAUAUCACUACUUCUAGCCAUUGCCAUAAUGCAUGGUUUCUUUCCGAAAAUUGGUGUCGCGGUUCAAAAUACUUUUGGAGUUUUCAAGAUCGCCGCAAUGAUGUUGAUGGGUUGCACUGCAAUAGCAGUUGUCCUGUUUCGCUCAAGCGAUCAACGUGGAGCAGACGGUCUUAGUAGCUUCAAAUACUCAUUCAAGGGACAAAAACCUGCUACAAUUUCACCAUCAGACUCGACCUGGAACCCUGGCAUAUUGUCCGUAGCGCUGUUCAGAGUCCAGUAUGCCUAUUCUGGGACAGCAAACGCCAACAACAUUCUGAGCGAAGUAGCCGACCCGGUGGGCAUGAUCAAACGCAUUGUACCACUUUCCCUCGUCAGCGUUUGUGCAUUGUACUUGUUGCUCAACGCGGCUCUUGUCAUAAUCGUCCCGCUGGACGAGAUCAAGGAUUCCGGAGAGCUAGCUAUGGCUGUCUUUCUCAACCGUGUUCUUGGUUCAUCAAUUGGCAAUAUGAUUCUUCCACUGUUUGCAGCUACAGUGGUUGCCGGGAAUAUCAUGGUCGGUGUUUAUAGCGAGGCACGACUCAACCAAGAAAUUGCACGCAGAGGCUUUUUACCAAAGAUUUUCGCCUCGUCGCUCCCAUCUGGUUCUCCACUCGGAGGAGUCAUCAUCAACGUAAUACCGGCACUGUUAAUAAUCUUAUGUUCUCCAGGAGAGCAUGCUUAUUCGUUUCUUGUCGACGCAGAAGGGUACAUAACCCAAUUCUUCGCGAUUGCGAUUGCGAUAGGUCUUUUCUCUCUUCGACAAAAGCAUCCAGAGCUAUCACAGCCUUUCAGGGCCUGGAAAUGGGUUAUUUAUCUACGCAUAGCUAUAUGCAUAGUUUUGAUUGUGGUCCCGGUGGUCUUCUACGACUCGUCACAAAAUUACUUUGGCUUAUGGCAAGGGACCUAUGCGAUAGCCGCCGUCUCGAUCUUGCUUGGGGCUGUAAUAUAUUGGGGAAUCUGGGCGAAGAUUAUUCCAUUCUUGAGAGGACACGACCUGGAAGAAAAUGAAGUGAGGCUAAUUGAUGGGACAGUCGUGCGUAGAAUCGUGGGUGUUCCAUAUUCAUACAGAUCUUUAGAGGGAUUGAAUGAUUAA